AUGAAACUACACGCCAACAUCGAUCUCUCACAACAUAUCAAACGUGAAACCAUGGACAAUAGAUUUAGAAAUCUGGUACAUUCCAUAUUGGAAGACUACCAGGAUCACACAAAAUUUUAUACCGAUGGUUCUAAAACUAAAGCAGGAGUAGGGGCAUCGGUAUACUACAACAAUGAAAUAAAAAUGAUCAAAUUCCCUGACUUCUGCUCUAUCUACACAGCUGAAGCUCUUGCGAUUUCACAUGCACUUGAGAUAGUUAAACAACAAAAGACAGACCAUGCACUAAUACUAAGUGACUCUCUUAGUGCUCUAAACAGCAUCCUAAAUAUUAAACCCAACACUAUAUCCAGAAUAAUCCAAAAUCAGUUUUUUCUACUAAAUAGUAAUAACCAAUUCGCCACACUGCUUUGGAUCCCCAGCCACGUUGGAAUACCUGGCAACGAGACACCAGACGUCUACGCCAAACGAGCAAUAACUUCUUCUGAUGCCAUUUCUGUCCAAACAUGCUCUCUGAGUGACAUCAAGGGUGUCAUACAGUCCCUGACACUGCAAAAGUGGCAACACCGCUGA